UGUCCUUUCAUACGAUUGUUAUCUUCGGUGUACUGCAGAGAAGUUUACUCACAAGGAAGUGGAAAUAAUUUAAUGUUUAUGUUGAGGUGACAGUGUCAAAAUUUUUAGACAGUUAGAUUUAGUGUUGAAUGGCUUAAGAUAUCGGGGAUGGAUCCCAUAGUUUCAGACAAUGAUGAAAUACGUGAGUUGCAAGAUAUGGUUAGAAAACUUAAGCUUCAGAACGAACAACUGAAAUCGCAAAACUUGAAGAAUGGUUUCGUUGAUAACGUUCAGUCAGAUCCUAUCGAAAGUAACGCCAACCGACCGGACCUGUUGGAGUCGGAUGAUAUGUACUCCACAUCUGAUGAUAACAUCGUAGAUUUUCUUGACGACGAGAGAUGGUUAUACACACUGGCUAACAGCUCGAGAACUCAAACGGUGGACGUUAUGAGGUGGGUUCGUCAAGACAUUGACAGCAAUUAUGAACUGCAGAUGGCUAUGAGAAAAUUGAUGGAUAAAAUUGAGAUAUUGGAGCAAAGCACGAGGAGGAACGUGGACACGCGCACCUUCACGCGGCCGAAGAAGCGGGUCUGCCGGCCGACGCUCGGUACGAUGGUCGAAUCGCCGCUCGCGGAGGACGGCCGGUCGUCCGGCAUGCAGUCGUCCUGGCACCUGACCGAGUCGAUGCUGUUCGCCGAGACGCUGGACGACAUCAGCAAUCCGUUCAACAGCGGCAGCUUCAGCGUCGUCGACGCGGAGCCCGCCCGGACGACGCCCCUGGGGUCGGGCGACCGACCCGCCCCCGCCCGGGCGGAGAGUGACGUCGGUGGCCGCAGGGAAAUCUGGAAGAGCCAGGGAAACUUGACCCUGACGUUUCGCAUCGACCACGGCGACACGGGGACCUUGCUGGAUGCCGCGACCGCGACGCGGAGGUCGAGUGUGGUCGAGGAUGCGGCCAGGCGGACGGAGAGCCCGCCCGCCGAUCCCGCCCGACGCCCCGGCAUCGCGGUCCGGCAAACUGGCGCGAUCAACCACACCUUCCAGAAGGUGGCGUCGGAACCUCGCUUGCACAUGACCUCGGAGACGCGGCUGGACCGCCCGCUGGACCGCCGUGUCUCUGCGUCCGGGCGGGCGUCCAACAUCAACGCCAACAGCACGUUCCUGAAGUCGUCGGACCCCAGCCUGGACCGGCGGGCGCCGGGCGGCGACGCGACGUUCCUCGCCGGCCACACGCCGUCAGGGAUGGACUCCACGUUCGUGGUGGCUUCGGCGGCGUCGGACAGCGGCAGCGGCAGCAACCGCAGCAGCUUCCGCACGGCGGACGACGACCAGGCGAGCAGCGCGUCGGACGGCAGCUUCUCGCCCGGCAGCCGCCCGCUCAACGUGGGCGACGUUCAGAACAUUGCGCGCAUGCAGGAAGAGAGUCUGAGGCAGGUGAUAUCAACUCCCUUCCACGGCCGUGCACGAGAAAUGCUGGGGUCGAGCCUCGGAGAGAACCCGCCGUCGCCCAUCCGCCCCAAGAGCGGCGCGAGGGAGGCGGAGGCGGACGCCCGCUACCACUCCGACCACUCGGACUGCUCCUCCGUGGACGGGGGCCGGGCGAGGAGCUCCCGCAGCUCGCGGUCCAGCCCGGGUGGCAGCCCCUUCGGCUCCACGCAGGUCCUGGCGAACAACGUCAGAGAAAACCAUCACCAAUACCAUGAAAGAAAGCUGGCGCCUCCCGGGAGAACUGAAUGCCGAAGAACUGAGGCGGCGACGACGCACGGCAGGGGCACAGCGGGUCUGAGGCCGCCGGCGGUGAGGGCCCGGGGCCAGGCCAGGCCGGCCUCGGGCCUGCCGCGGCCCGCGGGUCCCGGCGGUCCCAGCAACAUUCCCAGGAUGCAGUCCCGCAUCCCUGCUCCCAGCGGCAUGAGGGCUGCACGUUCGACGCAGUCGCUGAGGCCGCAGACGAAGAGCGCGUGGAUGGACGGCUGCUACUGAUGGCAGCUCUCUUCCCUCCCCGUUCUCUCGUUUGUGUUUCCACACCGCAGAGUGCCUAGUUGGCGGGAGCAGUGGAGUUGUCGACGUGACAGAGAGAAGGCAAAAAAAGGUGCUCAAGGAGUUUCGCCCGCUCUUUCAAACGCUCCCCUCACUGCUCUUUCGUUCUUACGUAGCAUGAAAUUUCCAAAAUGUAAAUAUUUUUAGGAUGAAAAUAACAUAGAUCUCUAUGUGUUUGAGAAUUUUGUGGAUAUUCCAUUUACUGUUUUUGACCUUGAUUGGUCAGGUUCUUUAUUACUGAAAAAAUUACUGUUUUGUCUUUUUUUUUGUUUGUUUGCAGCAUUAAAUUAUUGUUUUAGAAUAUAUGUAUUUACGCCUUUUUAAUGUGGUUUAUUCAAGGAACCGUUAUAGUUUGUUGAAAUGGUAAUUUUCAGUGGUUUAUAGCAUCUGAAAGGUAGAUGUUGACAUUUCCAUCGUACAAAAUCAAUGCUACUGUAGUGUCUCUUAAGCACUGUUAGAAAUAUUGAAUUAUUCAUAAACUCUAUUGAAACUUAUUAAGAAUUGUUACCGAUAGUCCAGCACAUUAGGCUGUUGAAGUCAAAUUACAUCACAUUUAGCUGUUUAGAAUGUUGUGCUCUGUCAUAGUUUAUAUUUAGUAUUUUUGUGUGUCACAUUGGUUAUAUGAAAGAUUUUUUUGGUCUUUAUGACAUUUGUUGCAGCAGUAAUUAUUUUAAUCCCGUAAAAGUAAGCAGGUGUUAUGUUGUUUAAACAUUAAUAUUGCAUGACAUUCCUUAUUUAUAACAAUUAUGUUAGAAUUUGUUUAAUUGGUAGUUUGUAAUAAAUAAAUUUUAAGUAUAAAUUUUUUUAGUCAAAUUAUGCGGUGAACUGUAGCUGUUCGUACAUUUGUGGGUUUUUUAAAAUCAAAUUUUGAGACAAGUUUCUCAAAGCAAAGUGCCAAAUUUUUCUAUAAUUUGUUAGUAUUCAUGUAACCAUCCAUUUAGCCAGCCAAUAAGUGUAAUCCAUCCACUGACAAUCUAAUUAUUUCAACAACUAACUAAAAACCUUGAGUCACAUUUCUUAAAUUUGUUUUAUGGCUGAAAUGGUGUGCCUUGUUGAAAUGCAGUUUGAAUGAGAAUUAUGCUGCUGUAGAAAAAUGUUAAAAGAAAUACCUAAUUUUAUUUUUAUGAAUACCGAUGCUUCAAAUAUGUGACUCCAAGAUUCCAUACAAAAAAGUUAGCUAAAGCAAACUUUUUGCAUUUCCAAUGGGUAAGAAAUUUUAUUGCUAACACUUGCCCGUAGGAAAAGAAAUUUGUGUGUUAAUCAUACUGUGAUUUAGUUGCUAAAAAUUAAUUUGCUUGUUAAUGUUAUACUGAGAUGAACUGAAGGUGCUUUAAGGUGUAAAUCAGGUUUGCAGCUAUUCCCGGUUUUGUUACUAAUUCAGGGCCCUAUUUCGUAACAUUGUAUGUUCCUAUAAUUCUGUGUACUGCUCAUGUAAAGGUAAUUCUAUUUGUUUUUGUCUGUCCAGGAAAAUAUUCUAUUUUCCCAUUAAGAACACUUCACUAGCAUUUGAAAGUUCAUUAUUUCUUUUGUGGUUUAUUAUUCAUACUACGAUACCAGCCAGCAAAUAAAUGCACAUACAUACUAUUGAAAGUUUAGACAGCAUAUGUAAUAUUUUUUGGAUGCUUGAGCCAUUCAUUGGCUUCAAUUACUGCAUUCACCCUAAAAUAAGAUAAAAGUUUUUUGUCGAAAGAACAACCAAAAAUUUGGGGGGUAGGGGGUUGACUUUGUAAAAAUGUAUAAAAUAUUAUUUAUAAUUACAGAAUUUCAAUUUAUUGUUUUUUUAUAUGGAAUAGCACUAAUAAUGUAUCGGUUAGGCAUUUUCCCACAGAUACUAAGCAGGGAAAGAAAAAAAGAGAGUUUAUAAUUUUAUUAGAAUCUUGACUUAUAAUAGGGCAUCAACUUAUUUUCGCACUUCUAAAAAUAUUCGUGUAACUGCGUUUUUCAACACACCGCUGUGCUAUAGGAGACUCUAAAGAUAUGUUAUGGUGAUUCUGCAAGACAUUAUGAGUAAGAAGGGAAGGUGAAUGCAGUUAUGUUUUAGUGUACCAGAUGUUAUAUAUAGUUGAUUGGUUAAACAGAUUCACUUUUGACUGUACACAUUCAUAUUUUGUUAAUAAGUUUGUGGUGCAAUGACAAUGUUGACUCUCAGCUUCUUUUGAUCUUGGUGCUAGGAUGACAAUGGGUGUGUUUGAUGUCAUGAAUACACACACACCUACUUUGGCUGCCUGUAAUUUAAUUAUAGCAUCCAGUCUAAGGUUUUGGCAAUCAUUUAUGCCAAGUGGUGGUUUGGUUUUGGGUGUCUGUGUACAAGAUAUAAGUUAUACGGCUGUAUAAUUGCGGUAUAAUUUUUUCCAGCUUAAUAUAAUGUAAGUUUGUACGAUGUCCCGCAUUCUCAGAUCUCAGUAUUGGUUGUUAAGGAAUGGCUUGAACAUCCAUUUGUUUCAUCUGCUAAGCUGGGUUUAUAAACUUGUCUUGCAAAUUUUGUAUUUAUUGAUAAGUAUAGUAGUUUAUAAAAAACACACAAUUCGCAAGACAUCCCUAACUUUACAAUGUUGAAUUGUAAAACUAGAAAUAUUUUUCACUGGACGUCUGUUCAUAACAAAAUUCCUAAUAAUAUUUCAAAAUCUAAAUUACUUUAACAAGUGAAAAUGUAAGGCAUGUGAUAAAAAUAAUUUUAGCCUUUGUACAUAUCUGCGUUUAUAAAAGUUUUUGGAACACUUCAAAUAAGGAAGACAGAAACACAAGAAGUUGAUGGUUAGCCAACGAUUGCAUUUUUUUUUGCCUCGUGUAGUAAUUCAUAAACCAGUAUUCAAUAAUGACAUUUUUUAAAACUUUUUGUGUCUUGCAUAGUUUAUAAAUCUAGUCUUAUAUGUUGUGUACUACAGUUCAGCCAUACAAAUGGGUUUACUAUCAAACACAUCUUGAAACAGUCUAAUGAUGCUUAAGACUGUGGGUUUAAUUUUAUGGUGUUUAUAAUUGUAAGUUUUGUCUGUCUUGUAAAGUUUUUGUGUUACCUCUGACUAUUAAAAUAGGGCAAGUUGGGGUUGUACGUAAUCACCCCAUAGUCAGACAUAAUUUCAAAUGCCCUGUAGGUAACCAUCAGUUAAUUUCACAAGCACUGAUAGUUGUAACAUUAUUUAUUUUAGUUGCUUUGUCAAAGGAUUGCUAUACAAUUCAUUUCAGUGGCUGUUUGAAUGUGUACGUGAUAGGUGUUAAAGAUGCUGUUUGUAUUUAUGUAACUAAGAAGAUUGAAAUAAUUGGUAACCUGUAUAUUGCAACAAGAAUGUCAUAAAUCUCUAGGGAUGGGACAGUUCUAAAAUUUUUAGUUUACGAUACUUUCAUAUUCUUUGGGAGCAUCAUGUAAAAACUGAGGAGUGUGUGACAGUCAACCUCUUGAAAAUCAUUUACACAUUCUUGAUGGUUACACCAACUUUACUUACAAUUGGCUAGUACUGUUUGAUGUUCUCGUGACAGGUGUAGUACGUAUAGAAAUCUGACGAGCAGAUACCACGAUGCAGGGGUGUGCAUUUCGAUUGACAGCAGUUAAUUCAUAAUGGCUGCUGACAGUGGCGAAAAUCAGUAGAAUUCCAUUUAUGAUCUUGCAAACCACAAGUGAGCCCCCUCAGAGAGGGCAUUAUGUUGCUAUCCCCUGAGAUGUAUGUCAAUGGCUGCUGAUGCAGAAUAAAUUUCAUGUGACACAUCUGUCUAUAAAUCAACAAUAAUUCUCGUGAGAGUUGCUGUAUAUAAAUCGACAAUAAUUCUCGUGAGAGUUAUCAACCCUUAAAAAUAUCAUUUACCCCUGGCUCACUUGAAUUGUGUUCCAUAAUGCCCUUCGAUUUGUAGUAGCUCCCACAGCCCAUCUUACAUCAUACCACUUGCAUUGAGGUUGUUUUGUUUUUGUAAUGUUCACUCAAGAUUGAUUGUAAUGCCAUAAACCUCACUCAUGGCUAUAUAUUUGUAGUUUUUGAAAUGUGGCUGUAUAAUCCAAUCUUUGGUCAUGGUGCUUAGAAUAUUAAGAGGGACGUGAGAAUCAUUCUAUGAAUUCUCUCGAUGGCUCCAGCUAGUGGGGUGGGGGUUGAAAUAGCCUUUUAAUGAAUGUCCUGCCAUCUUAUACGUAGCAUAUUUAUUUUCACCUCGUAUUGUGGGUGUCAAAUUCAAUUCAUCUUACAUAAUGUUUCACUGUACUGGUAGAAAUUUAAAAGGGACCCCCAUCCCAGCAGCUGUAUAAUAUGGACAUUCUUCACGAGUACAUAUAUAAAUGGUAGAGUGUAAUUUUCAUUUUCACAUAUUAAAAAAAAAAAAAAAGUGUAUAAUUUGAGAAAUUAAAGCCUGCUAAAACUCUGUAUGUGCAGACAAUGCACAUAGUUACAACUUUUCAGAAGUGAAGUAUUUACGUUAGCAAUUAGACUUUUCCAUCCCUAUAGUAAUGUAGCAGCAUGCUCUCUGUAUAUACUGUGAAAGUAACUUGGUUUUUGUGCUUGUUUUGCCAGUUGGUUGCAUUCUGUAAUAUGAAAGGUCCCUGACACACAUUCUGCAAAUCUGGACAUUUUGUAUGGCAAGUUUUGCCUCCUUUCUUAAAUCAUAACUUUGGGUUUGCCCCCAGAAUUUGGUUAACUGUAAGAAACAAUGUAACAGGUUUUGAAAUUAUUUUGCAACCAAAAGUUAGCUUGAUGACAGAAAGUUUAAUUGGAAUUUACUUACACCACUUAAAUGAAUAAUGUACUGAAUAUACAGUUUGGAACAGAGUUCAUUAGGUAAAGGAUUCAUUAUAUAUAGUGCAUUCGAAUGCACAUAUGAAAUAAUACACAUGAGGCUUCAAUGCUUCGUCACUAUAUAUUCAACGAAGAUUCUCUGUUAUGAAUCUAUAAACUGACCCCUUUUGUAAAAAGUGUCUCUUCCACCAAUAGAAAUUUAUAUUAAUUUUUUUUUAUCAAUCCUGGAUUACUUUAAAAACAUAACUCAUAGAUAUCUGGCGUACUGUUUUUUUAUGAAAAGUUGUGCCAAUGGUAUUUUGCUAUUAAUGCAGCUCAUUUGAAGCCCAGUUAAAAUAAUCAUGAACCCUAGGAAGCAAUGUAUUUAUUGUGUAUUAUUAUUAAUUCUGCUUUUAGUUUGUAUCUUUUAUAAAGUUGUGUGUAUAGUUUUAUAAAAUUUUAUUACCUAAAUUAGUUACUUGAAAUAUAUUAAAUGAAAAUG